AUGUCCGCGUAUACUAAUCGGUUCAAUGAAUUAGUGUCGUUGUGCCCAGGGAUGGUUACUCCUGAAUAUAAAAAGAUUGAAAGGUACAUCUGGGGACUUCCACCCUCAAUUCAAGGAAAUGUGGCUGCAUCAAAACCGACUACCAUCCAAGAAGCUAUUCGGCUGUCACACGAUCUAAUGGAUCAACUCAUUCGCCACACAACCAAAAAUGCGGAAGUAAGAUUCAGCGACAACAAGAGGAAGUGGGAUAACAAUCUGGAAGGAAACUAUGUGCAACUACCAUACGAAAAGCCAAAUACCACUAAGAUAUAUGCUGGGAACAAACCAGUCUGCCACAAGUGCGAUCGCCACCACUACGAAGGACCCUAUAAAGUGUGUGAAAAGUGCAAGAAGGUUGGCCAUCUGGCCAAAGACUGUAGAACCUCGACUCAAGGCAUGAAAGUAAUUCCACCCGGGGGAUGUCAUAACUGUGGAGAGAUGGGACACUUUAGAAGGAACUGCCCGAAGUUAAUGAAUCGAAACGUUAGCCAAGCUCUUGGAAGGGCAUUCAUUAUCACAGAAAAAGAAGGUUGCAAUGAUCAUAACCUUAAGACGGGUACAUUCCCUAUGAACAACUACGCAUCUUUUCUAUUUAAUGUUAGUGGUGAUAAAUGCUUCGUGUGUGAAGAGUGUAGAUUAAUGUCACCUUAA